ACCAGAGUCAUACCAGUAUUCUUGAAAACAUGGGCGCUGCAAUCUCCACCUUUGUUGCUAGCCUCGAUAACCAAGAGGAGAAGAAAAAGACAGCCAAUGACGCCCUGAACUCCCUCAAGGCACUGUGUGAUACCAAAGGCAAUGCCUUCUACUCGAGUAUCGUGUCCGACACGGCCAGUGCUGGGGCUAAGUUGUUACCGGUCGACAAGAUUACAGCCUCCGACUUCCAGACGUACUGCAACUUCUCGAAGGGCGCCGAGAAAACUGGGGACGAAAUCAAUGCUGCCAUCGGAAGCUUUGUGAAGGGCGAAAUUAUGAAAGGCCUCGCCACGACGAUCAACUCGGCCAUUAAUAAGCUUAUUGGGUCAGUCACCGGCAACAUGAGCGAGCACAAAGGCUACGCGAUUGCUGUUGGUCCGCUUGGAGGCGUCUGUAUGUUUUCUGUCGAUGAUUUCAAGGAGCAACUAAGCUGACGAUGAUUAGAUUGAGUGGACUGCUUGCUAUUCUAUUACAAGUUCACUUCAAAUGCAAUGACCUCAGUAUGCCAAGAAAUGUUGUUACAAAGCUGGGUGAUUUCAUCAGUUAAUCUAUCAGAACUCAACAGAAACACUCUCAACAUUGUUCUUCAGCAAAGUUACUCUGUCAAGUAACAUGAAGGUGACGAUGGAUUCAGGACACGCCUGGAAAAAAUCAAGAAUCAGGUCGUUGCAGAAAUGGAGAAGGACGAAUUGAGGCUCGAGGUGAUGAGGAAGAAGGCCGCCACGAUUGUUACCAAGUAAGGUGAUUGUGAAUGGCCGGGGGUAGAUUCCAAUC